GUAUAUCCGGAAGCACGACAACAUUUGCCCGAGCAAUAUUCUCCCGAGGUUUAUAAGCCUAGCUAAAGACGUUCGGCGCUAGUACGACAAAUUGUGGUCGUUCAAAGAACAAAGCGAGCAAUGAUAUACCACUCAUCUGAAGAAAGAAUCCUAUACAUCAUUGGAUAGCUAUGAGAAUCACCUUAUUACCUUUCCUUGCCUACUACCAUGUCGUUUUCUUUGUGCCAGUUGAUGGCAAAGGAGGGAGAUCAGAUUGCUACUUGAUGCCUCAAGACGACGAUGAUAAUUGUGAUACUGAUGUCAGUAGGUGGUAUUACAAUACGGAAGAAAGAAAAUGUGUGACUUUCAUGUACGGAGAAUGUCCACGGGGAAGUAAUAACUUUGACAGCGACGACGCCUGUACGCAGGCUUGCAAAAACGCCGGAAGUGGGCCGAUGAUUCCGCAGCGUCCAAUUCCACCACCCAAGCGCCCAGAACGUCCCGGACCUUCCAAAGGUGGUCGACCAUGGAAUAAAAGACCACCCAAAAAAGGAUCAGAAGGAGAAAAUGAGACGGGCCCUGGCGGCUGGCCGACGAAGGGACCAGGAUCAGGUGGAUGGAAACCGCAGAAGCGUCCACCGAAACCGCAUUGGCCACCGUACAAACCGCCGAAAAAAUGGCCUAAGCCACCUUCGAAAAAACCAGGUUCUGGGUCAUGCGCUGCAAGAAUGAGAAAGAAAAAAGGUUGCGGCGAUUUCGAGGGCAUGUGGUUUAACAAUGCACCUUUCGUGACUUGCAGUCGCGUGCGAAAAGGGGCCUGCCCAACUGUUGGUGCGUUCUUCCCAUCGUGCGAAGAAUGCAUGGGGGCAUGUUAUCGACACCGUAUCAAACAGUGUGCAUACAUGGUCUGAAUAAGCGCAUGAAGACAUCUGCAACGAGGCUGCGAUAUCUACCACAAUCCUUCAUUAACUGCGUAUAAAAAUCAAGCAAACCAAGAAAGGUUGCAAUAAAGCAUGUGGGAACUUUAUACUA